AUGAGCGGGUCUCUCGCAAGUCUUGGCAAAGCACUCCAUGCCGCCUUUGCGCAACCCCAGAUUGCGCUAUCGCCCGAGCUUCUCCAAGUCAUCGAGACUUAUCUCGACAAGCACAAACACCCAAGCGAGAACGACAGCUCGAGACUGCACGAGGAGCUCUGCGCAAUUCAUAAAGAGCAUGUCAGAGGCACAGAUCGCAAUGCCGCCUUCUUACAUAUCCUGCGGCUCUUGCGACAUCAAAUGAUUAUAGAUGCUGAUCAAUGUGUUUAUUGGUGGGACGCCAUGAUUGGGCCCAUCAUUGGCAAUAUCGAGCAAUCGAAGCGAACGCUGAAGGAUGCAAAGGAUAUUUGUCUCGACAUGAUGGUUGUAUCGGACGAUGAGGCUGAGUCUGAGUUCAAGCAGCGCAAUGCAACCGCUGAGAGAGUCAAGCGAUGUAUGCUUGAAGCAUACUUUGCUGCUCAGAGCCAGCAACUAGACAAUGUCGCUGUCAACCUGGAAAUUUGUCUUGUGGCCUAUGCUCGCCGAAGGACCAAAGACUUUUUCGAAACCAUUGUACCACACCUUCAAGACAAGCACAAUCGCCUACAAUGCCUCACGUUGCUAUCAACGUUUGUUCGGCUGCAGACACAGUACAUCUACACAUGCUGCGAAACGCCACUGCUAAAUACAUUGCUGCUCUGUCUCGAACACGAUGCAUCGACAUCCGUCAUUUCUCUAGCUCUCACCAUUCUCAUCAUGAUGCUGCCACAUAUCCCGGACAAGCUUGGACAGAUUCUACCACGCUGCUUCCAGAUCUUUGGCAGGAUUUUGUGCUGGGAUCGCAUCGGUGCAGUGCAGCGCAGAACGGCGGCCAUGCUGGUUGAAACGUCUCAAAGUAUCCUUGAAAAGGAGAAGUCUCCAGAAGCGUCAUCGACUCUGUCUGGUGAGUGGCAACGACUCGAAGCGUCUUUUGAUAUUGUCCAUUCCACGCCACCAAAAUCUGCUCAGUACUUCACCUUCCUCUACGGCUUGUAUCCCAUCAACUUUCUCGAUUAUCUCAGGGCACCGAGUCUCUAUCUCCAAGCGCGCAAUUUCGUUCCCAACGAAGCGCUCGAAGACUUUUUUGAAGACGAAAUCAUCAAGAGCCGUGCUGAGCCUCUUAUCCGACGACACUUGCUACAUCCAAACCUGUCAACCUUGACGCUCGAUAGUGAGGUAUCGGAUGUGUCGCGCUGGAUGAAGAUGGAGCCGUCUGAUGUCGUUGCGCUGUGCAUCUCGCUCGAUACCAUCAACAUUGAUGCUCAAUCCAAGCUGCAAAGUCUUCGUUACUCGGAUACUGCAGAUGAUGAUGUGACGCCCGUCUCAUUAGACGCUUCCAAAACGUUUGAUGAAAAAUUAUCACCGAUUGACGAGACUGACGAUGCACCUUCUGCCAAUUUCAGUAUGAUGGACUCCUUCAUGUCUGGCGAUUCGGUGGAUAUCCCACCUGCUGCAUCACGACUCGCAAGUCCGGCAUUUGGACCAACACCUUAUCGGUCCUCCAGUGCAGGUGAAUCGUUAGGCCGUCGUGAAAGCGGCAAGAGAUCUUCUGUCGCACUCACUGAGAUUCUGCGUGUUCAUGAAAAGCUACUGGACCAUACGCCAUCUACCACGACGGCACCAGAAGACGAGCUACAUGCCGACGUCUCGUACUACCAGCGAGAAGUUCUUUUGCUGCGCAAUGAACUGCAUUUCGAACGACACUUGAAACAGCAACAUUUGCAACACAUCGGACGUCUCCAACGCUCGAAUAUCGCUGAUGCAGCUGUUGAGACGGAACGUCAGAAUCUAUAUAAUACCACCAAGGCGUUGAAAUCACAAGUGGCGAAUCUACAAGGUUCUUUACAACGCUUACGGAAUGAGACAGCGACGAGUAAAGCGAAUCGAUUGGAUUACGAGGCAACGUUGAAUGAGCGUAUCAAGCAAUUACGACAAGAACGUACCGUCUGGACGAGUACGGAAAAGUCAAUGCGUACGGCACUUGAAGAGGCGCGCGCAGAUGUUCAGAGUAUGCGAUAUAGCCUCGGUGUUGCAGAAGGCGUACAACUCAACCUACGUCAACAACUACAGGUUCUCGAGCCAGAGAUUCAGGAGACGCGGGAGUUGAAGCAAAACAUCGAUUUGCUGAAGCAACGGAUGAAAGAGGCAGAAGUACAAGACAUCCAGUUGCGAAUGGAAAAGGAGCGUGUGGCAGAAGCGGUGGCAAGAGCCAAGGCUUCUCAACUUGCCUUGGAGGCCGUCAAGCAAGAAUUUGCAGCAUUCAGGCAGGAAGAAGCAAGUCGAGCUACCUCACAGGAUGCUAUACCCCUGCACGUCAAGACUGCCAUGGUGAAACCUGAGUUGAUUGCAGAGAUGCUAGCACAUGCAAAGUCAAGACAAGUCAGUGAGCAUGAAGCUCUUCAAGACCGUCAUGCGAUCUUGCGAAAGCGCUAUGGUGCAUUGGAAGCUCAGCUCGAUGAAACGCUGGCCAAAUUGGAGAUUGCAGAGUUGACGGCACAACAUGCGAUUGAACGAGAGGCCAAACUCAGCCAAAGUGCAAAUCUUCCAAUGACACCUGGCCAGGCCCCCAGUCCGCUUGGCGAAGGAUCACCGCAGGCACGUUCAGAGCGCUCAGAGUCGAUUGCCUCAACCAGUACCUCUGGCACGGUCGAUGCGGGUCUAGUCCAUGGAGCUCGGCGCAGGUCCAUUCCGCACUCAGCAACGACUCUUGCUAGUGCGUUUGGUAAUGAAAAUGCUCCGGUGAUUGGCGAACGAACGCCUUCUGCCAUGACGUUGCCGGCUCGGCAUCAAACAGAACCCAUUUAUUCUGGAGAAAGGUCGCCGGCAUUGGCUGGAGGAGAAGGGCUUUCAGCGGCUGGAUCCUCUUCAACGCCGUCUAUUGCCAGUCGAUCGACCGCUGGCACGAGUUCAAAGGCGAAACAGGAGAAAACACGGACGCCGAUGCCUAUUUCCAUGUAUGGGCCAUUAGUGCCACCAAAGACCAAGACUGCGCCGCCAGCAACAACGUCAAAGACGACCGAUACGAGUGCAUCCGGUGGGCAGACCAAGAAGACUGAGCAAAAGAUGUUUGCGGGAAGAUUCUCUAGGUGGAGUUGA